AUGGUUAUUCAGAAGUGGCUACUCUUUCUUUUUUUGCAUAUCCAUCUUUAUCAUACUCCCAUCCUAGCGCAGCUGUCCGAUUUAAAAUACGUUCAAUGUGGUGGCAAUGGUAACUAUACUGAAGAUAGUGCAUACAAGAACAAUCUAAACACCCUCCUCUAUUCCCUUUCCUUAAAUAUCGAUGAAUAUGGUUUCUACAAUGCUUCCAUUGGCCAAAACAGCAACAAGGUCAGUGCUAUUGUGCUGUGUAGAGGAGAUAUAGGGCUUGAUCGAUGUCGCUAUUGUGUCGAUAACAUUGGUCAAAGGCUUGUAGAGAUAUGUCCUAACCAAAAAGAAGCUAAUGCUGGCUAUGAUGAUGAGAAUGCCUCACAACCGGAGGAAUUUAACCAGGAUCUUGAAAAAUUAUUGGUCGAUUUGCGAGGCCAAGCUGCAAAUGGUGGUGAUCCCCGUCGAAAAUAUGCUAGUGGUAAUGCGACAGGUCCAGAUUUCCAGACUAUAUAUGCACUUGUGCAGUGCACUCCUAAUCUAUCUCCUCAGAAUUGCUUCGAUUGCUUGACUGGCGCUUAUGGGAAUAUGCCUAGCUGUCCCUGCAAGGGAAAGACUAGUGGCAGAAUAAUAGGACUUAGCUGCUAUUUCCGUUAUGAAACUUAUCGUUUCUUCACUGACGUUCCAUUUCAAGCUCCGCCACCUGCAGGGAAUCAUAAUAAAACAGCUCCAACAGGGAAUGAUGGUAAAACAGCUCCAAUCAUAAGGAAGGAUGAUAAGAAAACUCGACUACCCAUUAUUAUUAUUAUCAUAAUUGUGUCAACUAUUACAGUUAUUACUCUUACUGUAUGCAUUUUUGUCAUCAUAAUGAAGAAGCAAAAGAGGAAGCUGGUGAACAAAAUUCAGAGUACACUCGGGGAUGAUAUUAGCACUGCAGAAUCCUUGCAAUAUGAAUUUUCUACCAUCAGAGCAGCGACAAAUAACUUCUCAAAUGAUACUAAACUGGGAGAGGGCGGAUUUGGUCCUGUGUACAAGGGUACACUUCAAAAUGGACAAGAUGUAGCAGUGAAAAGAUUGUCAGCAGAUUCAGGCCAAGGUGAACUAGAAUUCAAAAAUGAGGUUCUGUUGGUUGCCAGGCUUCAACACAGGAAUUUGGUUAGGUUGAAGGGAUUUUGUCUAGAUGGAACAGAGAGACUUCUUGUCUACGAAUUUGUUCCCAAUGUAAGCCUUGACAAAUUUUUAUUUGAUCAAGCUAAACGUAGGCAAUUGGAUUGGGGAAGGCGAUCAACAAUCAUUGGAGGUGUUGCUAAGGGAAUUCUUUACCUUCAUGAGGAUUCUAGACUUCGCAUCAUUCAUCGUGAUCUCAAAGCAAGUAAUGUUCUGCUUGAUGCAGAAAUGAAUCCUAAAAUUUCAGACUUUGGCAUGGCAAAGCUAUUUAAAUUGGAUGAAACUCAUGGCAACACAGACAGAGUUGUUGGGACCUUUGGUUAUAUGGCGCCAGAGUAUCUACAUGGGCAAUUUUCAGUCAAAUCUGAUGUUUUUAGCUUUGGAGUACUAGUCCUUGAAAUUGUAAGUGGCCAAAGAAACAAUUGUUUCAGAAAUGGAGAAUCUACGGAAUGCCUUUUGAGCUAUGCUUGGUCGAAUUGGCGUGAAGGAACAUAUUCAAAUUUGAUCGACCACAUGUUGAAGGAAAGCUCAGGACCAGAUCGUGACAUAGUGAGAUACAUCCACAUAGCUUUAUUGUGCGUUCAAAAAGACGUUGCAAAUAGACCAACCAUGGGUGCAGUUGUUCUCAUGCUCAAUACUCACUCUUCAAGUCUUCCACUUAUUGAAGAAUCCAAUUCAAGAAUGGCAGAGUCAAGUAAACUAGCCAAAAGUAAAUCAAUUUGUUCAUCAAUUGGAUAA